AUGAGAAGCUUAGGUGGUGUAGGACUUACUCUUACUUCAAGGCUUAGAGGCUUUAUUCUUUCAACAACCAAACCCAGAGCCUUCCAUGCAAUCUCCAAAGACCAACUCCAACUCUACACUUCCAAAUCCUGCUCUUCAUGCUCUAAUCUCUUGGUGGGUAAAGACCCAACUUCCAUUGUCGCUGCUCUUUCCCUCUCUGAGACUUCAAAGUCGUGUUUCCUUGGUACCCAAAUCCAUUCCCAUAUCAUCAAGUUGGGGUUUACUGAUGACAUUUUUUUGUUGAAUAAUUUGAUCAAAAUGUACUCAAAAUGUGGGCUUGUGGGUGAUGGAUUUAGGGUGUUUGAUAAAAUGCCUGACAGAAACCUUGUCACUUGGACUUUGAUGAUCUCGGCUGCCGUCCAAGAUGGUCAAUUUGAAUGGGGCUUGGAGAUUUAUUUGGGAUUAAUAAGAAGUGGGUUGAGGCCGAAUGAAUUCACUAUUGGCAGUGUUCUCAAGGGGUGUGCAGAGUGUGCUAGUACCAAAGCAUAUGAAUUUGGCAUGAGUGUUCAUUGUUUUGCUUUGAAAGUUGGGAUUGAACAGAACUGCUAUGUGGGCGGUUCUAUUUUGAACAUGUAUGCUAAGUUGGAGGAUAUUGAAUCGGCUAAAGGGGUGUUUGCGUCUAUGUCCAGUCUUGAUACUGCUGGUUGGAAUACUAUGAUUGGAGGGUAUGCGCAAUGCGGCUAUGGCCUCGAAGCCUUGAAGGUUGUAUCUUUGAUGGUAUGGAGAGGGAUAAGCAUGGACCAGUUCACCUUUGUUAAUACUCUUAAGGGGUGCUCUGUUAUGGGAAAUUUGGAUUUUGGGAAGCAACUUCAUGGAUUGAUCAUCCAGAGUGAGAUGGAAUUUAGUAUUUCAGUAAUGAAUGCUCUUUCUGAUAUGUACUCUAGAAAUGGUAAGAAGGAUACGGCUUUGAAUGUUUUCAAUAGGAUACAAGCAAAAGAUGUUAUAUCGUGGAACACCGCAUUUGGUGUCUUCUCUGAAGACAAGAAUACAAGAGAAAUUGCAAAGUUAGUCCAUGAGUUCAUGCUAGAAAACAUGAAACCUAACCAUGUCACUUUCUCAAUCUUGUUUAGACAAUGUGGGGAUCUACUUGAUCUGAACCUUGGGCUUCAGUUUUACUCUCUUGCAUUACAAUUUGGAUUCUGGAAUGAAGCUAAUGUUAGAAGCUCAAUAAUCAAUAUGUUUUCUAGAUGUGGGGCUAUGGACAUGGCACGCUUGUUUUUUGACAGCCUACUUGACAAAAACUUAACUUCUUGGAACGAGUUGAUUUCUGGGUAUAAUUCAAAUCAUUGUUAUACAGAAGCCAGGAAGAUUUUUUGUGAUUUAUGGGACUUGGGUGUUGAAGCGAGUGAAGUUACCUUCUCCAGCAUAUUGGAAACUUGCUAUAAAGAUGAACACCAAGAAAUGAUUAGACAAAUUCAUGGUGCUAUUGUCAAGUGUGGCUUCUCUUUCCAUGGAUAUGUUUGUAGCUUCUUAAUUAAGUGCUAUGUUAAAGUUGGACUACUGGAUGAUUCCUUUGAGUUUUUCAAUGGGUUUGAGACAUUAGAUGUGGAAUCUUGGGGGACUAUGAUAUCUGCUCUAGUGCAUCAGGGACAUCUCUUUGAAGCUAUCAAAUUUCUCAAGUCUCUGAGAGAAGCUGGUGGGAAACCUGAUGAGUUUAUUUUGGGCAGCAUUCUAAAUAGUUGUGCUGAUAAUGCAGGCUAUCAUUUAACUAAAUCUGUUCAUUCUGUUGCCAUCAAAAUGGGAUUUCACUCACAAGUAUUUGUUGUGAGUGCAGUUAUAGAUGCUUAUGCAAAAUGUGGGGACAUUGGAAGUGCAAGGAUGACCUUUAGCCAGUCAUUUAGAUCUGGUGAUGUAGUUAUAUAUAAUGCCAUGAUCAUGGCUUGUGCUCAUCAUGGUCUGGACAAGGAAGCUAUGGGUAUCUUUGAGAAAAUGAAGUUGGCUCAUAUAAAGCCCAGCCAGGCCACAUAUGCGUCAGUUAUAGCAGCUUGUGCUCAUGUGGGUCAGGUUGAUCUAGGUCGUUUGUUGUUUGAAUCAAUGAACUCAGAUUCUAAGCUGGAACCAAUAUCUGAGGAUAUUUAUGGUUGCAUGGUUGAUAUGCUUUCACGAAGCGGAUACCUCGAAGAUGCUAGACAAAUGAUUGAAGGAAUGCCUUAUGCUCCUUGGCCUGCUAUACUCAGGUCCUUGCUUAGUGGUUGUCGGAUACAUGGGAACAUAGAGUUGGGAGAAUGGACUGCUAAGAAGUUGGUUCAGUUGGUUCCAGAAAAUGAUGUACCUUAUGUACUACUGUCAAAGGUAUACUCUGAAGGGGGUAGUUGGGAAGAUGCUACAAAGAUAAGGAGGGAAAUGAUAGAAAGAGGUGUACUGAAAAAUACAGGAUAUAGUUGGAUCGAGUUUAAUUUGCUACAAGAGUUGAUGGUCCGAAUACCAGAUAACAAGUCUCUGGCAAGGGUCCUCAUCCCACUUCUGGGGGAACCAACAACGCAAGGUGUGUACCUGCAAAUCCUCAUGCUCCUCUGCUAUCAGCCAAAUGUUACUGAUGCAAUCAAUCAGGCCACGGUUCUAAUCAGUUUCCACCAGAUGAAAGUAAAGAAGAUGGCUUUAGUACUUCGGGUAGACUGGAAGAGAAGGAGAAAUGGAACGGCUCAUGGAGCAAAUACAACGCUCUACUGCAUUGGAUCAGAGGAGGAGUGCGAAAGUAGUCCCGUUAGAGAAGACGAAUUGCCUUGGAACCCUCCUAAAGGUGGGAUUUAG